CAAGCGUUGCGGGUUACUAGCUGCCUGCCUGCACAUUAAGUUGCGCUGAAUAAUAUUUCCUUCCGCUACUUGAAUGUUUACUAUGAUAUGUCGUCAUUGGCGAAUUCUCCCAUAUUGCCUCCAGUUAUUAAUGCACUGCCCCAUCCCUGCCUGACGACCUUAAAUGCCCUACUUUACGAUGCCUUUCAAGUGACAUAUAAACACAUUGCCAUUAACCUUAGGCUCCGGAAUUUUUGUUACUAGGGAAUACAAUACUAGCCAAAGACGAAAUCAGGUCUAUUUUCCUAGCGUGCACCGUGAUGGAUCCAGAUCAUAAUAAAGGUCCACCACCUGCUUACGAGGACAGCGGCCCACCACGGCCUGUGGAAGCUCCUCCAGCCUAUGAGACGCUCGUUUCCCAUGUUCCUGGUUCCCUGGGCCAAGCGCCCAGCACCGCAGAUUCAGAACAACCCACGAUCCUCACAAUCGAUGGUAAAUACGUUGUUUCAUCAAAAUGUCCCGACUGCCCACUCUACAGUCUCUCCCACGAGUUGGACGGUUACGAACUAGGAGCUGGCAUCCUAGUAACACGGCUUGGGAAGAAAAAGCCCGAUCCUAAUAGCAUUGCCCAGAGAUAUCAAAUUCCCGGGAGUGAUGUCUCUAGACAGGAUGUAUUUGCUCUCCGGGAAACAGCACAACUUCUGUCCUCCACUGGAGGUUUACUUAUAGACGGACGGCAGUAUCUUUCCGAAAAGCUUGGGAAGAUGAACAAGUGUAUGACAAGAUACGGAUAUGGCUGGACCGCUCGCGGGGAUGGCUUGCCUUCCUUGGAAGCUCGGCCAGUUCUCUCUGCGAGAAGGAGGUCAAGUGACUCGGAAGCUACUCAAGAGGCUGAUGGGCAAUUUUACGAAUGGAGGCUGAAAGGCAAGAAAACAAGGGUAAAAUCCAAGGCAGAGGACAAGGACGGUAUACUCCUUGCGAUCGAGACGAGGAGGCGUUGGGAUACCAAGAAUAAAGUGGAGAUAAAUAAACCAACUCUGGAGUUGAAAACAGACAUUGAUGCUCUGGAGAAGGCAUUCCUCGACUUCUUCAUUGCGGCGUGGUGUAUGCAUAAUUGGCGGGAGGCAAAGGACAUUACGAAGGAGUCCUUGACAUGGGACGAGUUCAAGGAGCAGGCUAGAGUGACAAGAAGAAAACAUGCUGAACGACGCAGAAGAAAUAUUAGCAGUUUCGGUGUGAUUGCAGCAGGGGCUAUAUUUUAAACCAUUAUAAGGUUGGGAGAACCACGAUGGUGCGUUCCUAUUCGACCCAGAAAUACCUCCAGAGUGUCUACGACUACGGGUUAACGGCCUUCAAGAUUCAUCGCGCUCCCUACCCUACCCAUGAUCGCAAGUUGGCUGGUUGGUAACACGACUCUCCUUCCAUUCGUCUAUCAGUCCCCGCCUCAAGCUAAUCUUGCAUUGAACACACACAUUACCGCAACACUUCUGUUACAUGUCCUUUAAUAAGCAACAUAUUGAUUUUCUACCCCCCUACUUUGUUCUGCUUCUCAAAUCCCCUUGCUUUCUACAUGUAGGUAGGUAGAUGUGCAAAACAAUUGCCCGCACACCUCCAUUUCUUUGGCUGCGCAGUGAUAUCUUGCUCUUCCGCUCUAUAUGAUACUUGAUACAAGUUUUGGCAUAUUCAAAACCCGAUGGUGCAGGUCGUCGAUUUAUGACAAUGAAAAUCUUGCUUUCCAGCUGGCUCUGAGAAAGUCACUAAUCAUAUUCCUCCUUCCGCUAUUGACCUUGACUAUCUUUUGUUAAUUGGUCUAUGAUUUACUUGAUACGUGCGUUACGAUCCUAUGAAAUAUAAAAGCGCCCUUUUUACCACCCGCAAUACGGAAUAUAUACCUUGUAUAUAUGUGUAGGUACUCAACAGUGUAACACCCGAGCCAUUUCUUUCAUUCUUGUCUAAUUUCUGCCUGUUGAUCUUUGUUUCAGAAUAUUUCGGCCAUUUCCAUCCACUUCUCCUCCCGCUUUCCUAGACGUCCCUCGGCAAUGAAUAAUAAACGAACAUGGUAGCCACCAACUUGAGCCUCGCAGUUGUCCAGAUAGAUAUGCUACGGAUCGUAAAUAAAAGUCGUUCUAAAUCCAUUAGAAAUACGCAGUCUCCUUUCCUCACCCACAUACACAAGACAUCAUGGAAUGAACAGGCCAUCUAGUUGGGAAAAAAAAAUCACUUCCUUGGCCGCUCACUCAACCUCCAUAGCCUCCGCCGCAGGCCCCUUGCCACCUCUCUUCGCCUGUACGAACCCAACAAACUCAUCAAUGGCACCCGGCCACGCGCCAUCCUCACUCCACCAGCUAAAAGUUUCAUCCUCCUUCGUCUUCCUCAUAAACACUUCAACCUGUUCCCACAGAUCUUUGUUGACAGGCCUCUUCCAACUCCUCUCAAUAAACUCAAUCCACCAAUCGAGCCAGGGUGUGCUGCGUGUGUUCCAGUUGAUCCCACCAUUGGAGCUGGUGAAGAAGAGUCGCCAUUGCUCCGUAGCGAUAUCGAUACUGAGGUUGCGCUGGCCCGCCAGGCGGCAGAUUAGGAAGGUGUAACGGUACACACGGCGGAAAAGGUCGGGUUCGUUGGGGAUGCGGGCGCGAAGCGAUGCAGCGUGGGAAGUUUGUUUCGAGAUUGUGUCGCAGCUUCGUUUGAGUUAGUAACUGCAGAAGUGGCUGUGAAAUUCUUGAAAGAUGUUCAUAAACGAGGGAAACAAAAGGAGUAGGCGAUAAUAACGGAAAGAAACAGAGGAGGGAUUCGGGAGAGAUGAUAUUUGAAAAAGUGGGCAACAUACUUAACAUUUUUCCAACCGUCAAUAAAGGGUUCUCUUGUAAAUUCUCCUAUGGAUGGAGAUCGUAGAUGUUCUGCGAUGGCAAGACAAACAACUUCAUCUAAUUGCACGUUAAUGGCCUCUAAGUACUUAACCGCGCCUUCAACCCCAAUGGUAUCUGGGUUCUCUGCAGGGUCGUCUAUCUGCAUCGUCAGAAGGACACGAUUAUUUUGGUAUGUGGACACCUCUGGUAAAAGGUUGCAACAUACCGCGAUAACUAUCAAAUAGUUUGUUGAGAUCCGCAACCGAGGCAUUAGAAGCGCUUUCUGCUGAGUUCUGAUAAUACCUGCGUGGAAGGAAAGUCAGCUUGCUACGGCAACCCAGUUUUAGGGAUAGG